UUAUACGAUCUUAUGCUCUAAACAGAACCGGUUUCACGAUCUAUUCUCAUUUGUCUCUAGUUUCUGUUUCGCGAACUUUUCGAUCUUACUUCUCAUCGCAUCGGAUCUAUUGAAGGGAGAAAGAUUCAAGUCUGUUCGGAUUGAUCCCAAUGGCUGAUGAGGAACUUGUAGACCCAAAGAAAUAUCUUGAGGAACGUUGCAAACCAAAAUGUGUGAAACGUUUGUUUGAUUACCAGGAAGUUUACAAGUGUGAGAAGGAGGCAUACGAGAUGUACUGCAAAUAUGCACAUAAUGCUGGCUUUAGUGUUCGCAAGGAGCAUCAUAGUUUUUGGCCCAAUUCCAGAAAGAUAAGAUCUAAGGACUAUGUUUGUUCAAAAGCUGGUUUCAAGAAGAGUUCAGACUUGAAUUUACAAAGGAAGUAUCGAAAAUCAGAUACCAGAACCGGAUGUCCUGCAAUGAUUAGGUUUAUUGUUGAUGAAGAUGGAAAUUGGAAGGUGCAAAAAUUUAUAGAAAGCCACAAUCAUGAUUUGGCUAGGCCAGAAGACUGUCACCUACUCAGAUCAUGUAGGUACAUGAGUGAUGAGAAAGCUUCGAUUCUUAAAACAUUGACAGAGGCCGGAAUUAGAACAGUAGAUGCUUUUUCCUACCUUGCCGAUGAAGUUGGAGGUGUAGAGAAUGUUGGUUUCUCUAAGAGAGAUGCUUACAACUAUAUUCAAAAGGAAAAGAGAGCAAAAAAUGAAUUUGGCGACACUAAUUCAUUAAUUCAAUUAUUUAAAGAACGACAAGCUGAUGACCCAAUGUUUGCAUGGGACGUCCAAUUUGAUGAAUUGGAUAAAUUGUUGAAUUUUUUUUGGGUUGAUGGGAUGGGAAGGAUAGAUUUUGACUGUUUCGGAGAUGUGGUAAUUUUUGAUACCAGUUAUCGGCUUAAUAAAUAUAAUUUAGUCUGUGCACCAUUUGUCGGUGUUAAUAAUCAUUGGCAGAACAUUUUACUUGGUGUGGCUUUCUUGUCAGAGGAAACGAUUGAAUCAUUUACUUGGUUGUUUCGAACAUUUGUAAGAAUAAUGGGUGAUAAAUAUCCUAUAACAAUAUUUACUAAUCAAGAUCAAGCCAUGACUAGGGCUAUAGAAGUUGCAUUACCUAGCACCCGUCAUAGACUAUGCCAAUGGCAUAUCUCCAAGAAGGCUCCUUCAAAAGUUUGGUGCUUUAAUAGCAAUGAUAAAGUCAGAGGACUCUUUUAUAAAUGUUUGAGUAAAUGUGACUCUGAGGAGCAGUUUGAGAAAACAUGGGCUGAAAUGAUAACAGAAGGGAGCCUCCAUAGCAAUGGUUGGUUGGAGGAGCUUUAUAAGAUAAGAAAGAAGUGGUCAACGGCAUUCAAUAAGGACUGUUUUAGCAUGGACAUUCUAUCUACUCAGCGAAGCGAGUUUAUUAAUAAUGUGUGUCAUGACAUUUUGAAGCCAACAAGUUCAAGAACCGAUUACUUUUUGGGCUUAGAGAAGGUGAUGAUGACAUGGCGUCUGAGUGAACAGGAUGAAGAUUAUAAAUGCAACCAAUCAGUGGCAGUACCUGUAAUAAAGUGCAGCCCAAUAUUAAAGCAAGCUGCUCAAUUUUACUCAAGAAAGUUGUAUUUAUUUUUUGAGAAAGAAUUUUUAGAUGGUGUUGGUGGCAUGAGUAUCGAGCAUGCCUCUAGUGAUUCGUCACAGUUUUUGAUUAAGAGCGCAGAGAAUUUGGAUCAUUCGACAUCUUGGGUUGUUCAUUUCGAUGCAAUUGACGGCAGCAUUCAAUGCACUUGUGGAAAGUUUGAGACAAUGGGUUUACUAUGUUCUCACUGCAUGAGAGUUUUUAGGCAACUAGACAUUGUGAAUAUCCCUAAGAAAUACCUACUAAUGCGAUGGUCAGCCAGAGCUAAGAAAGAUAUAUAUGCUGCCCGCAUGUUCAUAGGUACAGGAAAGACUUCCGAAGCUGGCAGUGGAUUAUCAUUCAGAAAUCAUAUAAUUAGAUUUUCAUAUCUAAUUGCCGCACAAGCACAAGGGAAUGAGGAUGCAGAACAGUACAUGCUAAAUGCAAUGAAAGAUAUGGCUGAAAAUAUAGACCUGAUUCUUCAUGGCAAGAAAUUUAACCAGAAGUUUGUAAGCAAUGAAAAGGGCAUGUGUGAAGAGAAUAGAUGAGGAUGAAACUGGCCAUAAGCACUGCACUGGCCAAUACUUUGAUUUUUGGCACUGCAUUGAUAAAUGCGUUGCAGAAAAGCUUUUUGAAAAAUUGAAAUGACAAAGGAAGCUGUUUUGGGUGAUUGGCUCGUCUUUCCACCAGCUAUAAGCUAUUGCUUUCUUUGCUCUUCAAAAAUAAGUGCCACUUUUGACGUUUUGUUGGCCUUUUUUAUCCAGUUUUUUCCUUAAUAUGACCACAUUGUUAUGCUCUUAUUGAACUUGUUUAUUCUCCAAAUGACUGCCGAUUUAUGCGCUCUUCAGUUUUAUUGCAUUAAAUUUAAUGACAAAAUGCAAUUAACUGCCUAAACUUAUGGACCUUUUUUGUGAUCAUUGUGACAAUCGUUCUUAUAA